AUUUUAAUUUUUUCUCUACAAACGGGGUACCUACUCUAUAGUCAGUGUACCUAUUGGCUGAUCGUAAUAUAACUUGCAAUUUUGAAUCAACAUAAUAAUAUUAUGUAAAUAAUAAUUAAAGUACGUUGUACCUACCCAAUGAAACAUUGGCUGCGAAUUAAAAGCUUCAAAAUGGAGCAAAAUUAAAGUAUGUUCGCGUCAACAGUUUCGUUGGAAGUAUAAUAAUAUUUAUAAACUAUUUUUUCUUCACCGCCGAUGAUUUUCAAACCGACUACCGGGUCACUGGGUUUUGAUCGUGAAUACAAUUUCAAAUUCGUACAUUUGUAAAUUGUGAACAAUGUGAAAUUAACAUUAUUAUCAAUAAAAAGUGUAAGUGUAAUUUACAGCGAUAACAGCUGCUGUUGAACGACUAACCUCAAGGACGAUCGUAGGUCUAAACAGUAUUAUCUCACAAAACAUUUACAUAACAAGUUUGUUAGAUAAAGGCCAGAAUAAAAAUAUUGGACAUUGUUGACUGUCUCAAUACGUCGUAGUUAUUUUAGCUAUUUUUAAUAUAAGCAAAGAAACUAGGAAGACAAUAAUCACCAAUGAGUUCAGUGAUGGUAACAUAAGAAUUUGUCUGUUGCUCCAUACUUAUUUUGACUACUCGAUUAAUAUUUAUUAAUAAGUAAUUUUUAGUUUGUACAAUUAAUUUAAAUUUAAAAAAAUAUUAUUUUGACUGAACGAUUACGCACACACCUGGAUCCAAUUCGACUAGAUAUUAUGGCGGAUCUGAUGUUCGAUUAUCAGUUUCGUUUGAUAUUGAUCGGUGACAGUACGGUGGGCAAGAGUUCACUAUUAAAGUAUUUCAACGAUGGAAAAUUUGCUGAGGUAAAAUUUCUUUUUUAAACGCCAUAAAAUUUACCAUUGAUUUUCUUUUGUUUUUUCAGGUGUCUGAUCCUACUGUAGGCGUCGAUUUUUUUGCUAGAACAAUACAGUUGCCCGAAGGUCCACGUAUAAAAUUACAGCUGUGGGACACAGCUGGCCAAGAGCGGUUUCGGUUAGUCAAAAAUAUUGAUUAUGGUUUUAGUGAUGCAAUUUUUUCAUUGUAAAUUAAUAUUUUUUAUUUGUAUUUUUAUAUUUAGAUCAAUUACAAAAUCCUAUUAUCGAAAUUCAGUAGGUGCCUUAUUAAUAUAUGAUAUAACAAAACGAGCUAGUUUUGACCAUAUACCUGUUUGGAUGAAUGAUGCUAAACGACACAUUGAACCUCAUCGACCUGUUUUUGUUUUAGUUGGAUGUAAAUUAGAUUUGGUAAGCGAAACCAGUAGAUUAAAUUAUUUGUUUACAUAUUAGUAAAUAUAGGUAUUUUUAGAUAGAUUAAAAAAAUUGUCUGAUAAUAAACAUUCAGUUUAAAUUGUAAAAGAAAUGUAAUCAUUAGGCAAAUUAGAUACCUAUUUAAAUUACACUGGCUUAGUUUAAAUUAAUCACAAUGUUUGAUUUUAUUUUAUUGAGAAACUUAAUAUAAAUAUUCUAUUGAAGAGUAUAAAAAUUAAGAGUCUAGUGAUUUAAUGCUUUAAUAUUUAAUUUGAGACCUACAUUUCUUUUGUUAGCCAUAAUGUAAAAGAUCUGGGCUAUUAUCUCGAAACUAGAUUUCUCAUUAUACUCUGAGAACUUUGACAAUAGUUAAUUAAAUUACCAUUGUAUAAAACAAUACCAUAAAACUCUAAUAUUUAUGUAGAGAUUUGACAUAUUAAGAUAAUAAUUAACACAAAAACAAAAUGAAACAUUAAAAAUGUAUUAAUUUUAUCUAAUGUAGCAGUUGCUUUUAAAUAAAUUGAUAAGAAAUGAGAUUUAAUUAUUGGGUUUGUAAUAUUAUUUAUCAAUAAUGUAAAGUUAUUAUUUUAAAUUGACUAAAUUAAACUAGGUUAUAAGGUUAUCUAUUUUUAAUUUUAUUUGUGGUUAGUUAUUUUACUAUAUCUAUGUUAGUUAAACAAAUGGAAUUCUAUUUUUGAGGAUUUUGUUUUCUUAAAAGAAUAGUUUUUUAUUUUUAGUUACUUAAUAUUUUUAUCUCUGUAAGAUUUAUCUCAUUUUUAUUUAUUAUCAAUAUUUUAUUUGUUUAGGUAAAUAAUGGUGCUAGUAAAAGAGAAGUGAGUCAAGAAGAAGCCAAACAAUUUGGAGCAGAACAUAAUAUAUUUACCGUCGAAACAUCUGCGAAAACAGGUUCAAAUGUUGAAUUAGCAUUCUCUGCUAUCACUCAAGAAGUAAGUGUUGCAAUAAAUAUUAAAUAUCAAUAAUAAUAUUAAUUAUUUCAGAUUUAUCAAAGGAUAAAAAGUGGUGAAUACCAGAUGGAAGAAGGUUGGGAUGGUAUUAAAAGUGGCUAUUCGCAUCAUUCAGCAAAUAUUGACUUUAAUAAUUAUAUUGAGGCUGAACCGGCCAAGUCGUGUUGUUAACAAACAUAAAUUGUCUUAAUAAAUGCUUUUUAAUUAUUUUUUUUAUACUUAACAGAAUUAUAUAUAUAUAUUUUUAAAAAAAACAAAACAAAGAUUUAGCUUUAACCAUUUUUUUUUUUUAAAUGUUCUUUGACAAAAAUUAACCUAAGGUAAAUUUUUAAGUAAACUAUACUUAGGAGAAUGGUACAAGACUAGUAUUUUAUGAAUUAUUAUAGAUUAGAUUAUAUAGUUUGUAUAUUUUUUUUUUUUUUUUUUGUUGCACAUAAUUAUAUUUUUUUAUUGCGAGUAUUUUACAAAUUAUUAUUGUCUUAUUCAACUAUAAAUGACUAUAAUUUGUUGGCAAAUUUUCUAUGAUUGUAUUUGUGUUUAUGAUUUAUUUCCAAAUGACAAAAUACACUCCCUUAUUGCUUGUUGACACAAAUGAUAGUCUCUAAAAGGAGGCACUAAAUGUUUAUGUAACAACGAUAACAAUGCCAUGAAUUCUUUUAACGCCUUCUUAUAAUUAUGUUUAUCCAUUAACCCUUUAGCAGCCUUGUAUUUUUUUUCUGUAUCCUGAAAAAAACAUUUGUUUUUUGUAUUAAUUAUUCAUACAUAAUGCAUAAUGGCAUUAAUAAAUACCUGUAAAACUUUCAAAGUUGCCAUCAAGUUUGUUGUUUUUAAACAAACCCGACAGUGGGCAAUAAACUCCAUUGAUUCUGUUGUCACCGUAAUUGCAUUUUUACAAUUUUUACAUCUUAUCCUGAGCGAGGUGUUUACCUUCAUUUGUUCCCAAGUUGGCCAAUCUUGACAGCAGGCAAUACAAUUGCAUUCAAACCAAUAUCUAUGAAAUCCAAUUUUAAUUCUUUUUUAUUUAACAGGUU